AUGCACAUCUCAGCUCAAGUGGAAGCGCCUCUGGCCACCGCGCUGCUUCUUGCCAGCUUCGCACUUUUCGUGCUCUCUCGUCGAGCAGUCCAGAAAAGCCGAUUACACCAGACACUCGACCUCGCCGUAUCUGCACCGAACCUUGUUCUGCUAGCAGUACACAUGGGCUUGAGCUGGAGCAAAACGUGUGAAACUGGGAGGGAAGUAAUGAUCGGCGUAUCCAGUCUAUUCCCCUUUUUACUUGUGUAUUUCCGAAUAAGCGUUUUUCUACGGAGCCUGCUUAGUGCACCAUCUCAGUUGGUGAUGUGCUUUCCACUGUAUACGGUUGUGUCGUGCUUGAUCAAGAUUAUGGCCACGACAGCGGGUACUUACAUUUAUCCACCUCUGCGAAUCGUCGUGCUCUUCUCUCUCUUCCUAGAUAAUCUGGGCUUGGUUGCCUUCUUGUGGUGGCUAGAUGGACAUACGACUGCCAAUUCCCGAACGCGAUCACAACUGCGUUGCGCUUUGUAUUGCAUGAUUGGAGUGGCAGUCGUUCUUCUUCUAAUUGCAGUCUUGGGGGCCGCUUUAUCCUGUUGGCUGCUAGCGCUAGAGCUUCAAAUAUUGAUCGUCACUGUUUGGAUGAUUCCAUCAUAUUUCGCCGUGCAAAAUGCUGGAGCCUCAGUCGGUGAGCAAUUGACAUUUGCAACAUCCUAG